GGCUGUUGCGCGAGCGACGGGGCGGGGCCGCGCCUCGCCUCGGAAGCGCUGCUCACGCGGCCGGAAGCGGAAGUUCGGGCGGGAGGGGGCGACCGCGGUGGCGGUUGCGGGGUUUCCCAGCGCUACGAUUUAUGUAGUUAAUAGAGCUGACUACUAAACUAAAGAGAAAAUGGCAUCUCUAGGAAAAGUUGACUAUGCCUCAUCGCCCAUCCGAGGACCUGGAGAUGGCAUGGAAACAGAACAGACGACUGAAUCGGUGGAAGUAAUCACUGGAGCCCACACUACAAACUAUCACAUCCACCACAGCCCACAAAAAAAGACAGUCUCUUCCCUGAGUCCUGGUGUUUUGCAGCUUGGGAAAAUACAUGCUGAUAAAUCAGUGGAGAUUGAAGCUGUUCGUAUAUUAGUCCCCAAAGCAGCUAUCACCCAUAUUGUUCCAACUAAAAAUGCUAAGGUAGCUAGAUCAGUGGGACAUAAAGGAGACACACUCCAUCAGUCAGAUGGAGCUGCAGAUCCCAAAGAACUGCUAGAGCUUAAAAAUACAGUAGAAAAGCUAAAGAAUUCAGAAAAAAGGUUGUUACAGGAUAAAGAAGGUCUCUCUAAUCAGCUGCGUGUACAGACAGAGGUGAAUCGGGAGUUGAAGAAAUUACUUGUUGCUUCUGUUGGGGAUGAUCUGCAGUAUCACUUUGAACGGAUGGCUCGUGAGAAAAAUCAGCUAAUCUUAGAAAAUGAGGUCCUAGGCCGGAAUAUGUCUCAACUGUCUGAACAAUUAGAGCGGAUGUCUAUACAGUGUGAUGUGUGGCGAAGCAAAUUCCUAGCAAGCAGGGUUAUGGCUGAUGAGCUAACCAAUACCAGAGCAGUUCUGCAGCGUCAAACCAGGGAUGCUCAGAGUGCAAUCCAGGACUUGUUGAAUGAACGUGAUCAGUUCCGUCAAGAAAUGAUUGAUACACAAAAACUGCUGGAGGAGCUGAUGGUUUCUCUUCAAUGGGGGAGACAGCAGACGUACUAUCCUAGUGCCCAACCUCACACUACAACAGAGCUAGCAGCUGUGAAUUGUAAACUAGCCAAAGCUGUAAGCUCACAUCUUCUUGGAAAUGUUGGCACUAACAGUCCAAAAAAGACUUCAACAGCUGUGGAGUUUUGCAGUACCCCUGCUGAGAAAAUGGCUGAAAUGGUGCUACAUGUACUGGAUCCAGUUGCAUGUACAGAAACAUCAACAUCUUUUUCUGAGGCUUCUCCCUCUUCCUUUCUUUCCACAAAGAAGAGUAUUGGAAGGUUUCACCCAUAUACAAGAUAUGAAGAUGUAACUUUCAAUUGCUGCAACCACUGUCAAGGAGAGCUCAUAGCCCUUUAAAAACGCAGCCAAUGCAGCUGCACAUGCACUCUUUCUGAAGAAUUACACUAAUUGAUAUUCAGCAGGCUUCCCCUUUUCCUAUUUCUUUCCAUAAAGGGUGGGUUUAGCAUUGGAAAUGAUGCAGUGUCUUCUUCUCUAUGUCUUGAGGUUAGGGGCCAGCAGGACUUCCCUAGCCUGUGGGAUACUUCUACUACUUAUUUCCAUCUACAAAUGCAAGACCAGAAUUGUUAUGCCAGUCCAAUUUGUAGAGCAUAGAGAUGCCCCUGGCUAUUUUAGAUUUAUAGUCAUAUUAGAAAAUCUUAAUGCAUUUGUUCAGACGGAGACAAAACCAUAACUAUACCAAAGUAAAUGAAGUGCUAAAAGGUUAUUUAAAAAAAUUCAAAAGACAAUGGAACAUAGUCAUCUCCAUGCGUGUUUUUUAAGCUUUUCUAAGGUGACAGGCUGUCUUCAAUUCUAUGUUCAGCCUGUUAAAUUUAGUAAUAAAAAGGAGUGUGUGCAAUGAGUUUUCAUAGCUGAGAAAGAAAACUUUACAAUAAACUUUCUUUGCAUACGUUGAAGUUAC